UCUGGCAACCCUGAGUUGUGACCCUGAGUCCGUGGAUCAAAAUGGCGGCGGCUUCGUCUCUUUGGCGGCUUGUACGAUCCGCUUCAUGUCGCAUUAACAGAAGUAGAAGUUUAAUAUUUAACAGUGGACAGAGGAGAGGAAUCGCAGCCUGCAUUGAUCCUUCUGUAGGUCUCACAGAUGAGCAAAAAGAGUUCCAGAAAGUGGCGUUUGAUUUCGCUGCCAAUGAAAUGGCACCACACAUGGCACAAUGGGACGAGAAAGAAAUCUUUCCUAUGGAAACCAUGAGAAAAGCAGCCCAGCUCGGAUUUGGGGGAAUUUAUGUGCAGCCAGAUGUUGGGGGCUCAGGACUGUCUCGUCUCGACACGACCAUCAUCUUUGAGGCAUUGUCCACUGGCUGUGCGAGCACCACGGCCUAUAUCAGCAUUCACAAUAUGUGUGCCUGGAUGAUCGACACGUUCGGUAACGAUGCUCAGAGAGAGAAGUACUGUCCUGAUCUCUGCUCCAUGGAGAAGUUCGCUUCCUACUGUCUGACUGAGCCUGGGAGUGGAAGUGAUGCAGCGUCACUGAUAACCAGCGCAAAGCUCCAAGGAGACCAUUACAUCCUGAACGGCUCCAAGGCCUUCAUCAGUGGUGGAGGAGAUACAGAUGUGUAUGUAGUCAUGUGUCGCACUGGAGGAAAAGGCUCCAAAGGCAUCUCCUGUCUGGUGGUGGAGAAAGGAACUCCAGGACUCAGUUUUGGUAAAAAGGAGAAGAAGGUCGGUUGGAAUUCGCAGCCCACAAGAGCAGUAAUCUUCGAAGACUGUGCGGUUCCUGUGGCUAAUCGACUGGGAACUGAGGGACAGGGCUUCAACAUCGCCAUGCACGGCCUCAACGGAGGCAGAAUUAACAUCGCUUCCUGCUCUCUCGGAGCUGCUCACGCAUCUGUCCUUCUUGCCCGAGACCACAUACGUGUUCGCAAACAGUUUGGGGAACCUCUUGCGAACAGUCAGUUCCUGCAGUUUAAGCUGGCUGAAAUGGCGACCAAGCUGGUAGCAUCUCGGUUGCUGGUGCGUCAGGCGGCCAUGGCUCUGCAGGAGAAGAGACCGGACGCUGUGUCGCUCUGCUCCAUGGCAAAACUCUUCGCCACAGAUGAAUGCUUUGCGAUAUGUAACCAGGCUCUGCAGAUGCACGGUGGAUAUGGCUACCUCAAGGACUACGCAGUACAACAGUUUGUUCGGGAUAUCCGAGUGCAUCAGAUAUUAGAAGGAACCAAUGAAGUGAUGAGGAUGAUCAUUUCCAAAAACUUACUGGCUGAGUCUUGAUUGUGAAAUCAGGACUUCAGAAGCUCAUCAUGGACUCUGUUACAGUGGAAGCGACUAAUCCUUAAUGAAUCACAUAAUGAAAGAGAAGUUGGAGUGAAGCUUCCUGUUUGUAGCUAGAAAUAUGUCUAUAUUGUGUAUUGUUGGUGUAUAUUCCAUAUUAUUUGUCCUGCUCUAACAAGACAUGCUGUAGGAGAACAAAUUACCAACAAAAAAAAUCAAGUGUUUGAUUAAACUCCAGUGUUGAGUAGUUACUGCAUUCCACAUACACUAUAUUAGCAAAAGUUUUGGGACACCCCUCCAAAUCAUUGAAUUCGGGUGUUGUGCUCGGCCCCUUAGUUCCAAUGAAAGGAACUCGUAAUGCUUCAGCUUCAUACCAAGACAUUUUGGACAAUUUCAUGCUCCCAACUUUGUGGGAACAGUUUGGGGAUGACCCCUUCCUGUUCCAACAUGACUGCACACCAGUGCACAAAGCAAGGUCCAUAAAGACAUGGAUGAGUGAGUUUGGUGUGGAGAAACUUCAGAGUCCUGACCUCAACCCCAUAGAACACCUUUGGGAUGAAUUAGAGUGGAAACUGUGAGCUUCUUGUCCAACAUCAGUGCCUGGCUGUCGGUGUUGGUCCCCCUUUUGCUGCCAAAACAGCCCUGACCCAUCAGGGCAUGGACUCCACUAGAUCCCUGAAGGUUUGCUCUGGUAUCUGGCACCAGGAUGUUAGCAGCAGAUCCUAUGGAGGCCGCACCUCUCAACUUACAGGACUUAAAGAAUUUGAUAGAUACUGACCACCGCAGACCACUCCACAAGAGCUGCGGUGUUGGAGACGCUCUGAUCCAGUGGUCUAGCCAUCACAAUCUGUCCCUUAUCAAACUCGCUCAAAUCCUUACGCUUGUCUAUUUUUCCUGCUUCUAACACAUCAACUUCGAGGACAAAAUGUUGACUUGCUGCCUAAUAUAUCCCACCCACUAACAGGUGCCAUGAUGAGAUCAUCAGUCUUAUUCACUUCACCUGUCACUGCUCACAAUGUUAUACCUGAUCAGUGAAAAUAAAAUCCUGUUUUAAAUUGCAAGUAAAAAAGGACUAAUAUACGUUCUUCACAUCCCU